ACAUCAGUUUGCUGCAAAUCACAAUUUUACUUAAUCUCCAUGUGCAAAAUUUUACAAAAACGAGAAUAUGCCACGGAUUUUACAUUGUUGAUUAAAUGGGGAAGAAGGGUAAAUGAAUAUUUACCCUUUUAAAUCAAAUGGAUUUUUAUGUUCGGAAUAAUGUAGGUAGGAAUUUUUAACUCGGCAACGGGGGUCCCCCAAAAUUUGUGCCGGCUGAAGCUGGGCUGAGAUCUAUUAGUAGAUCUUGUUUGCAAUUUUUUUUUGAUGUAAUAUUUGAGUCACCUCGAGUAGAUUCUUUCGCUAGUACCAACAAACAAACGAAAUUCUAUUUAACAAUAUCCCUGUAAAUUUUUUGUCGACAUAUUAAAUAAUGUCAAAAGGAACAAUUAAGAGAAAGUCGAAACCAAUUCCCGAGUGGAAAAAUGAGAAAGAGAAAUAUAUAAUACUUGCGAAAAAAAAAGCAGGGAUAUGGACAAGAGUAGCAAACUAUAUUUUCGAGCAUCAGAUUGAGUUGCCUUUGAAAAUCAUAAGUGCAAUAAUUUUAUCUUAUUUGGUUAAUCCUACUCCACAAAAUCCUUUUUCCAAGUUUCUUUUCUUAUCAUAUCCUAUACAGAAAAGUUCUUCAGAUGAAAUCCAAUAUGGGAAAGGAUACUGGGAUAUCGCAUACAUAGUCUUCUGGAUAUUAGUACUCACAUUUAUUAGAGAGUUUACAAUGCAGUAUUUGCUAAAAUCUUUUGCAUUAUACGCAGGAAUAAAAACAAAAAGUUUGACAAGAUUCAUGGAGCAAGGAUAUAUUUUUAUUUAUUGUCUCAUAUCAACAUCGGCUGGCUCAUAUAUAAUGAGCCAAGGUCCUUACGGGUAUUUCAAUACCAAAUACUUGUGGAUUGACUAUCCGCAUUUUUUAAUGAGUCCUUCUUUGAAACAUUAUUACCUUAUUCAAUUUGCAUUUUGGCUUCAACAAAUUACUGUUCUCCUACUUAAAAUUGAAAAACCUCGUAAAGAUUUCGUCGAGAUGGCAGCACAUCAUAUUAUAACGUGUUUGUUGAUCGGAGGCAGUUAUUUAUUCAACUUCACAAGAAUGGGGAAUACGGUAUUUGUUACAAUGGAUUUCACUGAUAUUUGGUUAUCGUUCGCCAAAUGCCUCAAAUACUUGGAGCUUCCGAGCAUCAUCACCGAUAUGAUGUUUGUAAUCUUUAUGAUUACUUGGAUAUAUACAAGACAUUAUCUUUAUGGAUUAAUUAUCUGGACUACAUAUGCUGAGUCAUGUUUACCAGAAAAUAACAAGUGCAUAUGGGAUCCAUUAAAUGGAUAUUGGUUAACUUGGUGGUCCAAGUACAUCAUUUUGUUUGGAUUAGUACUCUUACAGAUUUUGAUGGUCUAUUGGUUCUCACUUAUUUUACGUGUUGCAUGGAGAGUUGUUACUGGUAAAAAUGCCGAAGAUACAAGGAGUGAUAUUGAAGAGUAAGUAAUCAUGUUUGCUCCUAAAUAUAGUAACUUUAAGUGUGAAAAUCUUAUUCUUAUUUAAUUAUCGAACUUAGUGAUGAUGAUAACAUUAUAGUAAAUCCGGAGGAAUGUAAGUAUACUAAAAAUAAAUAAAUAGUUUACUGUAUUGUAAAAAUGAUUUAAAUUAUUAAAAAACGGUAUAUUUGGGGGGAAAGGGUUAUUAACGAGUUGGUUUUGCAUAUUUAUAAUGUUAAUAUAAUGACAUAUUCAAUUUAUUUUGUUAAAAAAAUUUUUUUUUUUUCAUAAUUUUAUUUAAUA